GCAGGGAGAGGGAGAUUUUAGGAAGGACAGUUACAAAAGUUAAAGAAGACGAGAAAUCAUGACACAAAACAGUGAACUCGUCGAUCGCCUCUCCUCGCCAUUGAACUUGACAUCCCUCAUCAUGGCGCUCGUGCCACCUAUGAAAUAUUGAUUUUUUUGUCAUCUACACCAACUUGAGGAUAUAAUGCCGGGAAACGGAUGAGAACUGGAUUUGCUUGUUGGAUAUUGAAUCCGGCGCUCGGGGAUGCAGUUGGGAUUGUUUUUCCUGUAUGUAAUCAAUAUAUGAGAGCAGGGUUAUUGGACUACACGAGAGCUCGGGCCGAUCCGUUAUUUUUCCCAUCACCGCUCUGAUCUCAUAGCUCCGCGGGACGUGAUGCAGCGACGCGCUCUGUGUUUUAGUUUUAUGCUUAUUUAUAUUUUAUUUUUAUGUACAGCACUUUGGUUCCACUUUGUGGUGUUGAAAGUGCUUUUAAAAUAAAAUUGAGUUGAGUAGAUGUCAAGAUGGGUGAUGCCGCAGAGAUCAAGGAGAGCAAGAGGACGUUCAUCGUGCCCACGAUCAAAUCUGUUGUUCACUAUGAUUUCACCAGGGCCAAGAUAUCGUGCAGUUUGACGUGGCUCAUCGCCAAAGCCUUUGGAUCUGACUGUGUACCGGUGGAGUUGGAGGAUCCAUUCUACAGAGACCAGUAUGAUCAGGAGCAUGUGAAGCCGCCCGUUGUGUCUCUGCUGCUUUCUGCGGAGUUGUAUUGCCGUGCUGGGAGUCUGAUUCUCAGGAGCGACGCGGCUAAACCUCUGCUGGGUCACAACGCUGUCAUCCAAGCCCUCGCUCAGAAAGGCCUCUAUGUCACUGACCAGGAGAGACUCGUGACUGAGAGAGACCUCUGCAAGACCCCCAUACAGAUGAGUUCUCACCUGGCGAUGAUUGACACUUUAAUGAUGUCGUACACAGUUGAAAUGGUCAGUGUGGAGAGAGUGCUGACCUGCAUACAGAAAUUUACUCCGUUUCUUCCUGAGGUGGACUUCCCUUAUGACGCUGAAGAGGCAAUAACCACUUGGAUCAGUAAGGUAAAUGAACAUCUGAGAGACAUUUUGGCGCAAGAAAAAAUAGUUAAAGAUGCAAACGAACCCUUCAUUCUUCAAAAGGGGCGGUACAGGAGAGAGGACUCUAAAGCACGUCUGACUCUUUGUCUCUCCCUGGUGGACAAUCUCCUGAACGACAACACGGACGGCUGUGCACUGGCUGCACUGCUGCACUUCUACUGUCCUGAUGCUGUGCCACUGGAAGAUAUCUGUGUCAAAGAAACGAUGUCAUUGGCUGACAGUCUGUACAACCUCCAGCUGAUCCAGGAGUUCUGCAGAGAAAACCUCAACAACUGCUGUCACUUCACCCUGGAGGACAUGCUGUAUGCCUCCAGCACCAUCAAGAGUAACUACCUUGUGUUUAUGGCAGAGCUAUUCUGGUGGUGUGAAGUUGUGAAACCAUCUUUUGUUCAGCCCCGCACACUCAAUACCAAAGUAUCUGACCCAUCCCAGUCCAAUAAAAUGGCUCCCAUAACCAAACAAAACCUGAUCCACAGGUCAGGCAGUCCGGAUCAGUCUAGGUCACAACCUAAAAAUGACAACUCAGCAGUUAUCAGGCGGUCGUCCUCGUCGUAUGUGGACGGAUGUGUGGCGACAUGGCCUAAAGAGAAACGGUCUUCAGCUCAUGGGAUAUCAUUUGAGAUUCCACUUGACAACAGCAUGAGUUCAUCUUCGGGACGUGGACUGAGCCGAUCGGCAAGCACUGAAGGAUUGGGUUAUAAAGUUCACCACGCGGCACGAGGAAUGCGAAGGAACCUCUCGUUCCAGCCCGUUAAUGGGAACGCCCACAGCAAAAUACGUGAGGAGGAUGAUGAGGAAUCCAACAGACAGAUCAGCAGACAUCGUCUGGGAAACUACGCUGGGUACUCAAAUGGUGUAUCGGCAGACAACUCGAGCCCUCCUUAUGACCCUCAGCCCAACACCCCCAGUAUAGAAGAAGCCCUGAAGAUCAUACAUGACUAUGAGCGACCCCACAGCAGCUUGCAGCCCCCAUCUGGGGACAGCACCUUUUUCCUCCACAACCCAUCUACCCACAACUCCGCAUCUGAUACAAACGAUCCAGAGGACUCGCUUUCCAAGGCCAGAGCAGUAGAUGACGUGGACCUAAAUUCCACCUCUACUGACAUGGACACCGGAAUCCACGUCCGUACUGAGGAUAUCCAGGAUGGACAGGAUGAGGAUUCAUCCCUGAAGGACUAUUCAGACAUGGACCAGGACUACGAAGCUCGUUCCUGUCCACUUCCGGAGACAUCCGGCAGCCCGUGCCCAAGCCUUUUGGGAACGCACUCCCUGGCCACCAGCAUGGCCUCCUCAUUGGGUUCUGCUGUUCGCAUGACCAGCUUUGCCGAACAGAAGUUUCGUAAACUAAACCACGGCGAUGGCCGCAGCAGCGGGAGUGGUGGUAACACGCCUGAGAGCGGCGACCUGAACGUCACAACCCCAGGAGCGACCGGGACAGUUCGUUCGAUUACUCCUGACACACAUAGCCCCUCUCGCAUCACUUCCCCUCGUGAUCCCUCACACCUGUUGGCGUCGGAGAUGGUGCAGUUGAAGAUGAAGCUGGAAGAGAAACGCAGAGCCAUUGAGGCGCAGAAGAAGAAAGUCGAAGCGGCUUUUACGCGUCACAGGCAGCGCAUGGGCAGGACUGCCUUCCUCAAUGUAGUCAGGCGUAAAGGAGUCGUGUCGCCACUAGGGGGCGACAGUGAAGGCCCAGAUGGUCGGGAAAAACAAACCAGUGACCCACAACCCCCAAAAACACCUUUGAAUUCGAAUGACUCGGAUUCUAGACUUGAGAGAUGUCGACCUGACGGCGCACCGCCGAAAUCACCUCUGGAGGAAGCAGCCGUGGAGGUGGAUCUGGGGGAGUAUACGCGAUCCAUCGAGCACCUGAACACGUCUCUGAGCUUCCUUCAGUCAGAGAUGCAGCGCUUGGCACAGCAGCAGGAACACAUCAUGCAGAUGCGCGAACACCAAAGUUGGGUGAUUUCGCCACCGGAUCCGUCGCCACGCAAACAGUUGCGUGAACUGCGCAGCAGCAGCGUAGUUGGCCGAGGUUCGGUGGGGUCGCUCUCCCCCAUUUUGUCGUCCACCGGUUCGCCACGCACAACACACCGUUCGCCCUCUACGAUCAAAAGGAAGUCUGCGUCUUUCCACGCAAGGACGCCACGAACGCCAAGGCCCAACGACCUGAAGGUUACCCCCUUUAGCCGGAUGCUUAACACGCCACAGUCAGUAGACAGCCUGCCUCGACUUAGACGCUUUUUGCCAAGUCAGACGCAUUCCAGCUCAUUCGCCUAUUUGGGACAUGGCGAGGGACCUUCGAGUGAGGACCACACAGCAAGAGAAAAGCCAUGUAAGCAAGAGUCCAAAGAUGCACUAAAAGCAGCUGCAAAUUCACCAUCUGCUCAGGUGAGUGAAAAGCAGGGAGAAGAAAAACAGGAUGCUAGAGACGUUAGAGAAAAAAUCAUGAAUGCGCCAGCGGUAACGGCCAGUGGACACGCAAAUGAAGAAGAAUCGCAUGAGAAGAAGGAUCUGAUUGAGGUUCCUCUCUCUGUUCUGAAGCCUCUGGAUGGACAUGAUCUGGAGAGCAGCAGAGAAACAGAGACUGGACCAGACCAGAAAAUGUGCUGUGGCUUCUUCUAUAGGGAUGACCUGAAGGCAGAGGAGGAUAUUGCACAGAAGAAAGCAGCUCUGAUGGAAAAAAGGCUUCGGCGGGAGAAAGAGAUGCAGAUCAAGAAACAGCAACAGGAGGCCGAGAUGGAACAAAAGAAAGAAGCAGCACGAUUGAAAGGGGAAGAAGAACGCCAGAAGAAAGAGGAAGAGAAGGCAAGACGGGAUUUUAUAAAAAAUGAAUAUAUGAGGAAGAAGCAGCUCAAACUGAUGGAGGACAUGGACAGUGUUAUUAAGCCACGCCCCUCUAGUAUCAAGCAGAAGAAGCCACGCCCCAAAUCUAUGCACAGAGACAUCAUGGAGUCUUCAAAGCCUCCAGCACGGACAACCACAGGGUCACGACCUCGUGGAUAUUCCGUGUCCAGCUUAUCACUCGCCUCGCUUAAUUUGGCAGACAAUGAGAGUGUCAAAUCAGAUAAGAGGACAUCCAGACCAGAGUCCACAGAGGGCUUUCUGUCACCGUGUCCAUCCGUAAGUGGAAACGGGGAGAACUGGGAGCUCGAAUCAACAUCGUCUGCAGCGUCUAACGCAGAAUACACAGGGCCAAAGUUGUUUAAGGAGCCCAGUGCUAAAUCAAAUAAAUACAUCAUCCAGAACGCACUGGCUCACUGCUGCCUCGCAGGCCGCGUCAACGAGGGACAGAAGAACAAAAUCCUGGAUGAAAUGGAGAAAACCGAAGCCAACAACUUCCUGAUUCUGUUCAGAGACACUGGCUGCCAGUUUCGUUCUCUGUACACAUAUUAUCCAGAGGCGGAGGAGAUCAACAAGCUGGCUGGCAUCGGGCCCAAGACCAUCACACCCAAAAUGAUCGAAAACCUCUACAAGUACAGCUCGGAUAAGAAACAGUUCAGCAAAAUCCCCGCCAAGACCAUGUCAGCUAGUGUGGACGCCAUCACCAUCUACAGCCACCUCUGGCAGAACAAGAAACAAAACACACCCAAAAAACUCCUCAAAUAAGUUCACAGCUCACUGGCAGACUGCUGAGUGUUCCUGCCUAUCGGACAUUAUGAUGCACAUCCUGAAUGUAAAGAAAACACUUUUGCGGGCUUCGGAUGUUCAUUUGUGGCGGAUUUGAAACCUUCUGUUCUACAGUACACACCCACACACUUGUGUGUGUUUAUUUGCAGCACUGACGGAUGCGCUUUUACAUCAUUUUUAUUUUCAACGUUCAAUUUUGUGGCCUUAUGCUUGUCUUGUUGUGUCUUUUAUGCAAUGCUUAACGCACAGUUACUGAGUUUAUGAGCAAGUCAUUGCAUCGUAUGAAGAUACACAGUCUGCUUCUUUUGUGUUUGUGGAAAUGCAGGUGUAAAAGAAUAUUAGGGACAUACUACACUUGAAGACUAACUUUACAGAUGGUCAUGCAGUUAAAGAAGCAUUUAAUGUACUGGAACCUCAAUUUUUUUGCUUUAUUUAAUUUUUAUUGCAUUUUUAUAUUUUGGGUAGGAUUUGUAAUUGUUGCACAACUGCUACACCAGAGGAACAUGUGUAAAAUUAGCUACAGUAAGAGUUUUUCGCUCAAGACA